AUGUCAUACAGUAAUUUGAUCAAUAGGUAACACGAAAUAAUGUCCUAAGCAUCUGAGGAAGCAGUGCCGUACCAUCAAUUCUCUGUGCGGUAGAUAAAUGACCAUUUGUGAUUGUGCGCUCGUUCGACGUGAAAUCACACGUAUGAUUUCAGACCUUAGAAGAUACAUGAAGAAAUUAAUCAGUUAUGAUUGGUUAAGAUGGAUGCAGUUUUCAGGAAGAUCAAUGCAGAAGAGAGUUAAUUUAGUGCCAAGAAGAAACAAACCUGACUGAACAAUUCCUUGAACUGUUUAGCCGGACUUUGAACUUUUUUGCGCCUUAAAGAUGUGAAAAUAUCAGUGUAUAUUAUGGUUUUGAUCGUACGCGGUUAUUUUGACCGAACGCACAAUAUCACUUACAAGGUGUGAAUAAACUAUGUUGUACUUGAUGAGCGUGCUUUGCUUCUGCAUAAUUAUGAUAAGCUAUCUCGUAUUUUUUCGUGAAUAUUAUUAAUACGUUAUCACAUGAUUUUUCUUGUGCAAUUUGGAAUAAAUGAGCACUUCAUUUUUUUAUUACAAAGACCACAACUUGCACUCACCUCACGGGCUUGUGUAAUUUUGUUAGUCUUAGAAAAAAUUUCUCGUGCUUAUUUAUUCCAAAUUGCACUAGAAAUCAUGUGUUUACCUAUUCAAAAUUCACUCCUGUAAAUUGCCAUUAUAAAUUGCUUCCUACGUGUAUCUGCUUUCUGUUGCGUAUUCUCCUCCCCCCUGCCUCUUUUCCUGGCCCCUUUCUAGAAAGCCAAACAGAAACUAAGGGGCUCUUAAUAUGAUUUAUAGUUUUACACUAGAAAAAAAUACUGAACUUUAACAGGUAAAAAAGGGAGUGCGGCUUUCCAAUACCUAAUUGUUGAAAACUAAAUUCUGACAGCACUCAUCAUUUGGGUGAAUGACUCUCAAACUGUAUUGGCCCAGUAAGAUUUUCACUGCAGGCAUCUUCACGUUCUCAUUGGCUAAUUUUCAUUGAUAGAGAUAGAGCAUAAUUCUGUUUGGUUAGGGGGGCAUAAUAAUUCUCCAUAUAAAACUGGCAGCAGUGAUAAAUAUACUUUUAAGAGGUACCAAAAAAUAAUAUAUUUUUGUUCUGUACCUGCCUGGGAUAACUUAGUCUGAAAAGACUAUCAUUUAGACAUAUUCUGAUACCUUUCAAGGAAUUGUUUGCAAAAGCCAAUCUGCAUAUCAGCACACAAGUGCAAUUUUUAUCACAUGAUAAACACAUAUACUUUUAAACUCUUUGUGACUCGAUACACUUUUGCUUGGAAAGGUUCCUAAGAUAAUGAUUUUGAGGAUAUUUUGGGUGACGACAGAGAGUUUUUUAGUGCAGUCAGAGGUGAUUUCGAAGGAAAUACAUCUGACGAGGUAGGUUCUAUAUGUAUCUUUAUGUGCUAGCGACAGGUACAUGUUUCAGCUAAAAUUGUUUCCAGGUUAAUAUGUUUUCAACGUACUCUAUGUUAUUUGGUUUAUUUUAUUAAUGUAAUCAUGCGAAAAACAAUUAAUUUAAAAUUAUCGAAAACAAAUUAACCUGACAAACAACUUAAUUUGUUAAAUUUCCUUUUAUUAAGUGAUGUGUUUUGGAAGCAUUAUGAUAUUUUUCUGUCACUUUGUGUUGGAGGUGUAAACUUAUCAAGUUAGAGGUUUGAUAUUGUUAAAAGUUUCAUACAGGAUAAUACCUCUUACAUUAAGGAUCCUUUUUAUGUAUGGUACAUGAAUUGUACAUAAGUUUCUUCUACUCAGGUACAGAGACACAUUAACAUUACAACCAUGAAUGAAAAUUUCUUUCUUGUUUUUUUAUGGAGUCCAAUUCUUCUCACACUGAUGGAUCUGAAAGUGAAAGUGACAGAAAUUGUAGUGGUAGCGAUUGUAGUGAUGAUGAAGAUCCUGAAGUAUGGCAUGAGGAUGUGGAUGAUCUCUUUGAAGAUGUGGCAAAUGAUGAACCUCUGCCAGAACCAAUCCGACGCAUCAUCUACACAGACACUGAUAACAUUAUUUCAAUGGUUUAUUUACUUUUUGUUGUUUUGGCAAGCAACUUGCAAGAUAAGUGAUAAUGGCCUUGAGCGGUUGUUACAUUUUAUGUUCCAGUUUUUGCAUGUGAUGGGGAUCAAUUGCAUUAGUGAAUAG